UGCUACUAUGUCUGUUGAGCAGCAACCAUGGAUUUUACAAAACUCUUUUCAACACUUUCGUUGACCGGUGAGGAUAUUCCUCCUCGCUCUACGACGCGCCCCACACGAAAACCCAAAUUUGUGAAGUUUCUCUCUGGAGAUAAUGGCGAAGGCAUGCCAGAGACUUUUUUUGAGGAUCCUCGUACAUUCAAGCCAAAACCGGGUCCCCAUGGACAGAUUCAGACUUGGGGUAUAUUUCCGUACAACGAAGAUAAUAUCUGGGACUGUAAGCAAAUAUCUGAGUCUAGUAGAUUGUAUAUCCUGACUCUUCAAACUAGUCGAUGGAAUCCAAAUGAUCGCGACCAGCUCAGCAAACUUGAUCUCGCAGACCUUGACAAGAAAGAUAUUGUGAUCAAGAUACACUUGAAGUUCUUGCAAGAUGCCAAUGGCGACCCUCGCAUAUGGCGCCGGGUGCGCCUCUCAGCUGGUAUGAAGAUAGGCGUAUUCCAGGAUAAGGUCCUUUCGCCCAUUCUGAACUGGGUACGAAACCUCCACUGCUACACGUUCACGGAUCUCAGAGACGGCGCUGUAUUUGGUCCUGAGGACGCCAACGCAACAGACAUAAUGCAUAUCAACCAGGUUGGAUAUGUUUACCUUCCGGAUGACAAGUAUAUGCUCGCCCACUUGUUUUCAAAAGUGGGCGAUACGUUUGCGUACUUGUAUGACUAUGGGGACAAGUGGCACCACGAAAUCGAGAUCGAGAAAGUUUUUCCCGUCGAGGAGUCGUAUGGACGUGUUCAGAUACUCGAUGGCAAGGGCAUGUGCCCAGGUGAAAAUAUGAGAGGGUCGUACCAAUACCAAAACUUUCUCAAGGCCUACGACACUGAUUCGUACACCGAGCAAAAAGACGAGAAAUUCUUGAUUGCCCAAAUUACAAAGGCUUCAGCAAACCUCCUCUCUCUGUUCGACGUUGACGCCUUUGACGUCGACCAGGCUAACGAGCGACUCUCCGCAGCACUGAGUUCGCCCAACUCAGUCAGGGCGGGCAUGAAGGCAUUCACCAUGCCUAUCAACCCCAGCGCACAUGAUUCCAGGACGGGCAAACUCAAGAAAGGUCAGAGCAUUCAGCGCGAAUGGGACCACGAGAGCCAUGGAUAUUGGCAGGAGACAACGUCCAGCACGAAGGAUAAAAGAAGUCAGUCGGCUUGUGCUGCUUGUGGAAAGCCUGGUGGCCAGGAUCUUAAGACGUGCAGUGGUUGCAGGGCCAUUUUAUAUUGUUCUGCUGAGCACCAGAAGGUACACUGGAAAGAUGUACACAAAAAGCAGUGCUCUCGCAAGUAUCUCAAAAAAUGAUACCGUUCCAUAUCAAUGCUGGUAUAUCAUUCCUACAUGAAACAAAGUAUAAUAUAUGUUUACCGUAUCUUUGCAAUGUAAGCACGAAUAACUGUGGCCCAGCUCCCAGUCGGUGGCCACUGCGUCCAUCAC